ACACGUAUAUUCUAUACGUUGUUAAAAGACAUGUCAUAACUCCGUACUUUUAUAACCUAGUAAUAUUUCUGUGUUUAUUUUUUAUAAUGAAAAAACCAGUUAAAAGUGAUUUUAAAAUAUAUAACCUCACAUCUAGUUGCAGUGAUACAUCAAAUUUAUCCAGUUCCUCAGAUUCGGACACUCCAUUGAAAAGAUUUAACCGUCUCGUGCGCAAGUCGGUGGCGCGCUGGGCGUACUUUCGUCGCAAACCGCGGCCGUGGACCCGCGGCCGCUCCGUCUCCGACACUGGCCUCUGCGACAUCGCACAUCAUGAUUCAAAUUAUUUGGACAUUGGGCAUGGAAAGCAUCGCUCCUUGUUCGUUCUGGACGGAGCCAGUCGCUAUGAUGUACCAUCUCUAUGUAUUACGUCGGCGGGCGGUUCGGCGGGCGGCUCGGUGGGCGGCUCGGCGAGCGGCUCGACGAGCGCGCUCGGGCUCGAAGAGGCCAGCGACAGCGACGCCGAGCGACCGCGCAGACACCACUUGCGUGUGCCAACACCUCACUACCACGGACAGUGA